CCUGUGGAAAGAGUCAUUCCUCUCGCUGGUGCUCGGUGCUCUCAUGCGCUCUCCAUCUCAGUCCUCAUCCCACCACUGCCUACAUCUCACUCUCUCUCUCGCUCUCUCUCACUCUCUCUCUCGCUCUCUCUCUGCCCCUCUCGUCUCACUCUCUGUCCUACACACACAUGCACUCUCAUACAAUCAGAGACGAAGUCUUCUUGCCACACAUCUAGACAUAAACACAUACACAACACACAUGUCCUCUUACUCACACUCGCAGCCACUCAGUCCAUCAGAGUCCACCAUACCUGUGCAGGCUGGGGAAAGCGCUGCUGGCGGGGGUUUUCGGCGUCUCUGAGGGUGCUCUGCUGUCAUUCGGGAGAAGAAGCAGCUCUCUAUCUUUUCCUGUUUCCUCUUCCUCUCAUUCCUGGAAUGCUAAAACUGGACUGAUGGACAUUUCAGAACUUUGUCUUCCAGACCCUCUCAGCUAUCAUAACCAGGCUUUGUUGUCCAAUUCAUUAGAGAGAUUCCUGAGUCCACUGGCCACGCUGGAGCCUUCUCAUUUCUGGCUGCUGAAUAGAAUGGCCGCUGAUGACCGGCACCUACCCUCCAGCUGCGGGUCCUACAUUAAAACAGAGCCAUCCAGUCCAUCCUCGGUCAUUGACACGGUCAGCCACCAUAGUCCCAGUGGCAAUUCUGACGCUAGUGGUGGCUAUGUCAGCACCAUGAACAGCCACUCCAAUGGCUUGGACUCACCACCUAUGUUCACCCCCGGCGGGCUCGGAGCAGGCACCUGCCGCAAGCGCUAUGACGACUGCUCCAGCACCAUCAUGGAGGACUCAUCCAUAAAGUGCGAAUACAUGUUGAACUCCCUCCCCAAGAGGCUGUGCCUGGUCUGUGGAGAUAUAGCUUCGGGGUAUCACUAUGGUGUGGCCUCUUGUGAGGCCUGCAAAGCCUUUUUUAAAAGGACAAUACAAGGCAAUAUUGAAUACAGCUGUCCUGCCACAAAUGAGUGUGAGAUCACAAAACGGAGACGCAAAUCAUGUCAGGCUUGUCGCUUCAUGAAAUGCCUCAAAGUGGGGAUGCUGAAAGAAGGUAAGAAGAGGGUUCGCCUGGAUCGAGUUCGAGGCGGCAGACAGAAGUACAAGAGGAGGUUGGACACUGAAAACAACCCAUACUUGGGCUUGGCGCUCCCCCCUCCUACCAAAAAGCCUCUCACAAAGAUAGUAUCUCACUUGUUGGUGGCAGAGCCAGAGAAGAUCUACGCCAUGCCUGACCCCACCAUGCCGGAGAGCGACAUAAAGGCUCUUACCACACUGUGCGACCUGGCUGACCGUGAGCUGGUUGUCAUCAUUGGCUGGGCCAAGCACAUCCCAGGCUUUUCCACUUUGUCUCUGGGAGACCAGAUGAGUCUGCUGCAGAGCGCCUGGAUGGAGAUCCUCAUCCUUAGCAUCGUGUUUCGCUCGCUUCCCUACGAGGACGAGCUGGUGUACGCCGAAGACUACAUCAUGGACGAGGAGCACUCACGGCUGACGGGCCUGCUUGACCUCUACGUGUCCAUCCUGCAGCUGGUCCGCAAAUACAAGAAGCUCAAAGUGGAGAAGGAGGAGUUUGUCACCCUCAAGGCCAUUGCUCUUGCCAACUCAGACUCCAUGCACAUAGAGGACAUGGAGGCGGUCCAGAAGCUGCAGGACGCUCUGCACGAGGCCCUGCAGGACUACGAGAGCAGCCAGCACCCGGAGGAUCCGCGGCGGGCGGGAAAACUGCUUAUGACCCUGCCCUUGCUGCGGCAGACGGCCACCAAGGCUGUGCAGCACUUUUAUAGCAUCAAGGUGCAGGGCAAGGUGCCCAUGCACAAACUGUUCCUGGAGAUGCUGGAGGCCAAGGUCUGAUUCUCGGAGCUGCUUUUAGUGCUGCACAUUGAGACUUUUUAGGAGCAAGAUUUUGGGGGUGCUCGGGAUGGGGGAGACCUCAGCUUGGCGAGGCAGCACACAGACUGACCUCCCUCCUUCUGCAACACUGGGACGCAAUCUUAAAAAAAAAAAAAAGAACCAGAAGCAAACUUGGUUGUUAAUAUAAAUAAGAAUGAUGAAGAAUAAUUUAAAAUAUAUAAGAAAUAAUAUGUACAGUAAUAAUUUGUUUUGUUAAUUGUUGUUGGUCAUGCUCCCAGGUGUCCCUCAGCAUCUUCAGAAAAAUAGAUGCCAGUAACAAGAAAAAUGAUUUCUUUCAUUGAUUUUAUUCUGACGGCAGCAGAGGUGUCAACAACAACACUCACCACUGUGACUCUGUCUGGGACAUGUACAGUAUAUAUUUAUUACUAGAAGACUGAGUGUACAGUUUAAUGUCUGUUGAUACUGGUGGCCAUUUUCUCUCACCCUCCGCCCGCAGGGAGGGGAGGAAAACAAGAACUUCUUAAAUGUGAACUGUUAACAGUUCAAAUGUCCUCGGACAUACAGUACAGUACCUCUCAAGAACAGUUUGAUCUGAUCCGUGUCAGAGUGGAAGGCUUGUUUAACCAAACUAGCAUAGGCAGUUACACUAGUCGGUAGUCUUCUUCUGUAGUGAUUCAGCAAUAAAUGACGGUGUGGGAACCUUCAUCUUUCAUGUGCUACGUUUCAACGCUGCUGUUGCCACAAGGCCGUGCCUGCUCGCUUAGUUCCAUCGCACACGUAUGCACAGCGUUUCUCCUACUCCUCCUCGUGUCAGCCAUCGAGCCCCAAACGUAUCCUUUUUAAGCCAGUGAAAGAUGGGCUGAGCUAACGGAGUCUAUAGGUGAAAGCUGAUCAUCACUUUCAAAGGCUUUCUGUAGAGUGGCACCAGUCCAGGAGAUUCCAUGUUCAAACAAUCAGAGGCCCAUAUGUCAAAGCGCUCUAUUUUGGAACCCUUUAAGCUUGUGGCAGAGUCAUCCCCGCACACUGAGAGCAAGGUGGCCAGCAUCUGCUCUCACCAUCUUAGACACCUUCUGUCUUUAAAUAGCUGUGUCGGCAUUUAUAGAACCUGGACCAGACCAAGGUAAACGGCAGGUGCAGAGGCACUUCGCACCGGGUUUAUAUUUAAGCCCGCAGGAGGUUGUCGUCUGCAUGGCAGCGGGCACGUGGGCCGCUUUUUAACCCUCAUGUAGACACAGUGGCCGGUGCCGAACGACACCGGCGGCCAGUGGCUCGCUAUGAGAGCGGGAUGGCCGAGCUAUGCAAGAAACAAAGUGUCAGCAUACGCCAGAGGGUAACAGCAAGCCAACAGAGUGCCACUACAAGGUGUGAACCCUGCUGGGAGAAGGAGAUCUUAGGCUCCCUUUAGCUUCAUGUCUAUUACGCCCUCUGUGAGCUCCAGUCCUGUCCGGUCCAGCUCAAUUGCGAGACGUGCGCGUUUAUACUACUGAAGGAUUUUUUUUUGGGUGACAUGAUAAACGGCGGUGCUGUCACAAAAAUAUGAUACUGUGAUCAAAGGAGUAGAGACGGUGACUGUCGUGCUCACAAUAGCAAUGCCCAGCAAUUUUCCAGGUUUCACAGUACCCUGAGGUCCAUGUUAAGAAGACAGACCACCCCCUACUUGCCAAUAAACCUCCCAACUCCAUUGUAGAGUAACACUGUAAGUCCGCUGGCUGUUGUGCAAUACAUCAUGGACCACCUCUGAUUGAAACCAUCAGAAAAUUUCUAUUGCUAAUAAAUAACAUCCUGAAUCCCUCUAAUCAAUCACAUAUAACCUGUAUAUCAGAUUAAGAAGUAUAUUUACUUUGCUCCACUGGCAAGAAACGUUUGUGCUUGUUUAAAUAAAACUGCAUUAUACAGGAAAUCUUUUUUUUUUUUUUUUUUUUAAUAAAAGAAAUACUUUUGUAGUGGAUAACGAUUAGACAACAAAAAAGGUUCCCUUCUUUUUUCCCCACCUUGUAAUGCGGCUCUGUUUAACGUCAAAAUGUCUUACAGUACAAGCUAAGUGUGUAAAUAUAUCAGCCUUCAGUGCAGUAGGUUGCCGAAGUACCAUUGAAAAUAAAGUAUGCAGCGCCCUGCUGACUACUACCUCAUUAUCAUAUGUCAAUAUUUCUCUGAUUCUGCACCCUUUUAUCAUCUUUACAUGUCUGUGACCUAACCUGAGCAAUCCAUGUUUUUUAUCCUCCCUCAGCGCUCCUGCCAAAUAUAUUUGGAACUGUAAUUGAUAACCGUCCCAUUCAUUGUUCACUGAUCUGUUUGUAAAGGUAACGCAUGCUUCACGUUGAUCACAUGACUUUACCGUCACCCCUCCCACUUACCCCCAUGUUAUCCAUGAUGGUUACUAAGCGGGUAUGUGUGUUUCUUUUGUUCCUCUUUCCUUUGAACAGUGUAUCACAAUUGGUCUCUCAGUGAUGGACUACAGACGGGGGCAGGUGACUGACUCCCUGCUCCUGCGUGACUGAGUAUUUAUGGUGUGAAAUAUAUCAUUUGCAAUGGUGUACAUUUGUUAUCUCUGGUCAUUCAAUCGCCAGUAUCUGUGUCCAUUCUGAUUUUCAGUAAGGUAAGGGAUCAAUGAAUUAAAUAUU